CGCUGUUCACGGCUCCGAGUGAGUCUGUUCUCAGCUGAAGUGCAGACCGGUGAAACACAGUGAGCGGAUAGUUGGCUGCUGAUCUUCUACUGAUGUGAGCUUACCAACAACUGUUGCCUGAUAGUCGUUAACGCCUCGAUGGAGCUCGUCCAGUUUGCUUUGCUGCCUCAGGAAGUCCCUACAGCUACCUGGAGCAACACCUCUGCCCCCUCCUACUCUCAUUUCCUGCUCCUUUCUACUCCCUCCGAACCGCUUCACAGCUUCAACCAAGAUGACACUUCGUUUCUCCUUAACAGCUCCUGUCAAAAUUGCACCAAAAGUAAACCAGGAUCCCUCCCUGGCUUGGCUGGAAUCUUCAUCCCACUCAUUUAUGGCAUCGUUUGUGUCGUUGGCUUGGUGGGAAACACUCUGGUCAUCCAUGUUGUUGUCAACUACACAAAACACGAGUCAGUCACAAACAUCUACAUCCUCAAUCUAGCCAUUGCAGAUGAGCUUUUCAUGCUGGGCCUACCCUUCUUGGCGGUACAGAACGCUUUGCUCUCGUGGCCUUUCGGCUCUCUGAUGUGCCGAGUGGUUAUGACAGUGGAUGCCAUCAACCAGUUUACCAGCAUCUUUUGUCUAACUGUGAUGUCAGUGGACCGAUACCUGGCUGUGGUGCAUCCCAUCCGCUCUUCUUGGUGGCGGCGCCCCCACGUGGCUAAGGCUAUCAGUGGCACCGUUUGGGCGGGGUCCUUUGUGGUGGUGCUGCCGGUAGUGGUGUUCGCGGAUGUGCUGAAGGAUGAUGGGAACUGCAGCAUCGUGUGGCCUGAACCAGCAGAAGUGUGGAAGACAUCGUUUAUUGUCUACACGUGCACUGUUGGAUUCUUCUGCCCCCUGCUGGUCAUCUGCUUGUGCUACCUGCUGAUCGUCAUCAAGGAAAUCCAUCCAUCUUUUUAACUACUGGGUCAUUAAGGAGGCUGAAGCCCAUCCCAGCUGUCAUUAGGCAAAGGGCGGGGUAGACCUCGGACAGGCCAUAAAACAGGAUUAAUCUGAUUCGAUAAAUAUUCAGCUAAUGUGAUGGUGGACAGCAAGCCGGUCAACCUGGGCCUCUGGGAUACAGCUGGACAGGAAGAUUAUGACAGGCUCCGCCCACUGUCCUAGCCACAGACGGAUGUUUUCCUAAUCUGCUUCUCCCUGGUUAGCCCGGCAUCCUAUGAGAACGUCAGAGCUAAGUGGUACCCUGAGGUCCGUCACCACUGCCCCUCCACGCCCAUCAUCCUGGUUGGCACUAAGCUGGAUCUGAGGGAUGAAAAGGAA